AUGGCCGGUUUCUUGACCAUGCGCGAUAUCUUUGUGCGCCUUGCAGAUGCCGCACUGGCCAGCGCACGGCGCUUGGUAGCAGAACAGGAGAAGAGGGCAGUGGAACCAGCGCGGGGCCGAGACGACUUGGCGAAGUCAACUCUGGCCAAUCUGGCGCAAGCGUUCAAGCAGGGACGUGCCUUUAUUCGAGCGGGCGGACUGCUUGCAGCCGCCAUUCCAAGAGUCGUGGUUGCGCCCCAGCCACCACGCGUGCCUAGGCCAGCAGCAGCGACAAUCCCGGCCCCAACACAGACUCCAGUGACGCCACCUGGGUUCAAAACACCCAAGGCGGCCCCACUACGGAGCCCUGCUGUCACGACUGGAGGGGACCCGCGCGUGCAGCCGGGGUUACCAGGUUCGUCAUCACCAGGCGAUGGUGGAGCGGACCUCGGGGCCCUGUACCUGGCGCAGUCAACAGACGCGCCUACAGCUGUUGGGGCCCAGGCUGCAGCCGUCGGACUAGCCGCCGGAGCAACACUGGGGGGCAACGACUCUGUGCCAGUCGACCUCACCUUAGCAGUGUUGGUUCAAGUCAACGCGGGUGUCUUUCAGCUGGUGCACCGUCCGGAACACCGUAUGCCGUUUGAAGUCUUGCUCUAUCUGGCCGUCAAGGGUCACGCCAACUGUCACGAGGAGGACUAUCUCCAAUUCCUGUUGGACAAUGAGAUGUUGUUUGACUGCACUCUUGACUGGUCGCAGUGUGACCCCACCAGAGAAUAUGUUCGCAACAUGUUCUGGGAUGAAUACGUGGAGGCUCAAGAGCGACACCGCCAGGGUGUUCCGGUCUCAUCUGCUGAUUACCACUAUGACAUGGACGUUGAGGCACUGUUGGAACUUGGUGUUUUGACUGAGGUUGAGAAAGGGUUGUUUUUUUCCGCGUCUAGGUCACGCACGCUGCGUAUUGACCCUGCACGAAAGGGCCGUAUCGCCCGGCAGAUGCACGAAGACGGGUCUGCCACUGCUGUCUUGCGCCACCUUGCAAAAUUCGACGUGUUGUUUGCGUGUAGGGAUCCUGCUGGCGGUGCCAACAUGUGGAUGGAUCGGAAGUAUUACUUCGCUCACCUUGUGCCGGCAUCUCUGCUGGGGGGGGGAGCCUCUGUGUCUGAAGCUCGAACGCUUACAGCAGACAUGCCGUCAGAUGAAACUCGUCGCUCUUGGCGAGAUGGUCACCAGGCAGCCCUAAACCUUGCGCCCCGCGCCAGGUAUACCUACCCACCCCAUCUGUUAGCUUUGCUUGAGCUGGGCUAUUUGAUGGAAGAGCAUAAGGGUAUUUUUGAGCGUCAAAACGUCCCCAGCCAACGCUUUGUGCACCCGUUGCGGGGCCAGUUGGCUCGUGAAUGUGCCGGUGCUCAGAGACAGUCAGAGGAUGAGCUGCUCCAAGAGUUGUUGAACGAUGGCGUGUUGUUUGACUGCAAAGGGGACAGCAAGUUCGACCUGUUCUAG